AUGCUGCAGCCUGCAGGAGAUGAAGUUUGGCUGCCUCUCAUAGACGCAAAGGAAAAAUCGUCGGACAUGAACUCGGCACAAGAUAUGCUAGAAUUACUGGCGUUAUAUGAACGUGCUGAAGGAGACUAUCUCUCCAUACCACUAUUAAAACGACAUCUCGAAUUCAUUUUCAGUCGAUACGAAGCUUACGCAACAGAGAACAAUGAAAAGCCAGAAGAGUUCGGGGAGAUGUUUUCGAUAGAUUGGACGAGACUAAAUAUGACUGAUGUUAAAAAGGGCACUGGGCAUCUCACUGAGAGUCAUUUACUCUGGGACCAGUUGCAGGAGUGGGAAUCAGAAUUGCUUGGGUCAGCCUCAGCGGCGGAGAGACCGGCCUUGACCAUGAAUUUGCAAGCCCUUUUGCUCGAUCGAAUGAAGCAACCUCAUUCGACUUCCGACAACACCUUCCAAGUGUACUCCACGUUUACCACAAACUAUAAGCCUCCGGAACAAUAUGAGUCAUUGAUGGUAGCCGCUUCCAAGAGUCGAUCACAAGCAGUCAAGGGCUUUCAGCGCCGGGAAGCUUUCGAAACUGAGUUGAAAAACUCCGGUUACUCGUUGGAAGCGUACUCCCGCUACGCAUUCCACGAACGUCGUGCCAAGAACGUGGAUCUACUCCUCAUGAGUACUAUAUACGAGCGCGCCAUUGCUGAGGGUGCAAAACGUCGUUUCCACGAGGAAGCAGGCGCAGAGUCCGCACUGAGAUCAUUUUGGUGCGGGUAUCUAGACACGUUGAGAGUUAAUAAUGCGGAUGAGACGACGCAGCUUAACGUCGUCAGGCGAGCGACAAGAAGUGUUCCAGGUUGCGGCGAAGUCUGGGCUAGGUACAUCCGCUUUUUGGAAAGCGUCGAUACACAAAAUCUCGAUCUGGGCAACGACAAUGUACCGGAUAUCUAUGUCCUCCAGUCAGACAUUGAACAAAUCAUCCCAGUUGUCCUUGCUCGCGCAGGAUAUGAAAAACGACGUAUCGAGGGAGGAACUUCAGACGACGAAACUCUUACCACAGGGAGACCAAAAUUACUCAAUUACCCAAUUCGACUGUUGCGACUGUGGAGCUUCUUGAUCGGGUGCGAUUCUGUGCCCGCUGCUUUGACCAAGGAUAAAAAGCGAAUACGAGGCAACGAGGUUGCAGUUCACCUCGCGUGGCAAUCGACUCUGUACAUCACUAAAUUCCCCGAAUCCGCUGAUGAUCCAUGUAUCAGAAAGCUCUUUGGCAAGUACGAGACCAUUUUCGAUGUCCGAUGGCCCAGCAAGAAAUUCAAGAACACAAGGCGCUUCUGUUACUUGCAGUACACAUCACCAACAUCGGCACAAAGCGCCUUAGAGCUACACGAGUUGGAACCCGGUCUUCGGAUGAAAGUCUUCAUCUCCAAUCCUGAACGCAGGAAGGAGCGAACGGAUCAUGACGCGAACGAGAGGGAAAUAUACGUAGCGGGGCUGAACAGGUCAUCUACAGAAUACGGUUCUGUUGAAGAAGUGAGAUUGGCAACAGACGCCAAGAACCAGUCGAAGGGCUUCGCCUUCAUAGAGUUUGAGGAAAUGCGUGAUGCACAACAAGCUCUCGAGGCGAAUAAUCAAGACUUGAAAAAUCGCCGAAUCGCUGUGACUCUUGCCGAUCCGCGGGUUAAAGGGAGAAACGCAAAAUUUGACAAAGAUACAGGCCCAGGGGAAAAGGCGGAAGCCAAAAAUAGAUCUGUUCGAAUCCGGAAUCUACCAUCGUCAACCCAGGAGGGUCUUUUACAACAAGCAAUCGAGAAAGUUGCCCCAGUCAAACGACUGGAAGUAUUCGCGGACAAGAAUGAAGCCUUGGUUGAGCUUGAAAGCAUUGCUGAUGCUGGAAAGCUGUUGUUACGGGCAGAACCUUUAGUGUUCAAUGGGAACACAUUGUCACUGUCUGAGGAGGCCACCUCUGAGCAAGCUCAAUCGUCCAAUACCUUCGUUCCGAGAUCCGCGGUCUCCAGACCAAAGGCUGGUUUAGGCCAUAAGCGAAGGAUGCCCGUGGCGAUUUCUCGAGAUACACAGUCACAGUCGGACAUGCAACCCACUUCGAAUCCUGCGUCAGGAGGAGGAACUGGUAAAGGACAGGAUGACUUUCGAAAAAUGCUUGAAGGAAAGUAA